UUGUUCACUAAGGCAAUUGUUUAUUUCACCAGCUCACACUGACAGUGAGGUGAGAGUAGAGCGAUCGGCAACUUUCAAGAAUGAUGCAUCGGACCACAUUACAGAGUGUGGUUGGAUACAGUCAGCAGGCCGGUCGAAAUUUUGUCACGGGCCGUAUGUUGCCCACCUCUGAUCUAUUGGAACUUAUAGAUAAUGUCAUAUUUAAUUUACCGCCUCACAUUUCCAUGCUAUUUUGUUGAUGGACCUGAGCAAUUUAAUAAUUCGUGUCAUCUUUUUAUAAACUGUGUCUUUGAAUUUAUCUCUGUUUCAAAUAUAUGCCAGUAUUCUUGUCAGACAAAGUAAUCAUUGAUGGAAUAAUAGGAUGAUAAUAAUGUUGCGAACCUCACGUCCGGUUGCCAGUUCCUGUCGGGUAUGAGAUUAGUUAGCCAGUUAUUUGUUUUCACAAGCAUGGACUUGAUGAUGAAGGAAGCUGUAACCGACCAGCAGUUUCGCGAACCCUGCGUAGGCGAGGAGUUCAGCAAUCCUUGAACCCACACAGGGAAAUCAGAAGUUCGGUGGCGAGCAUGUACCGUAUUUCUAACUCUCAGCACGAUGCGCCACACCGCCAAUACUCAUAUAUUAUCACAGUUAGAAACAAAGAUUUCUAACUUGAAAUUCAAACACAGAUAAGAUAACCAGCCAAUCACAUGCAUAUUCCAUCCAUUCAAGUAUUUUCUAUAUUUUUGUUUGCCAGUUUAAGUAUGUUGACUUGUAUUGUGCCAAGUUUAUAGUGUGAAUCAUAUGAAUUUAACAAUUUCUUGUCACUUUAUUGCCUCACUUUGGCGAGGGAGAUAAAAUGUCCAUUUUUAUAUGGCAUUUGUUAUAAUUAGAGCAUUUAUAUUUUGUGCAUUUUCGUACUUUAUUCAAAUCAGGAAUUUUGUCAUUUUCAUAAAACUUUGAAUCAUGAAAUUACCAAUCAUGUAUAGCUCAACAAUCUGGGAUGUCCAAAAUGUAUCCAAUGUUGCCUCCGUUCUAGUUCAGGGCAAUUUCAAUUAUUUUCAAUUGGUUAUUUGUGAUUUCGAUCAUCUGAUGCAGCGUUUCUCAAACUGUGUUCCGCGGAACAGCUUCCUCGGAGUGUUCUGCGGGACAGGGAUCAAAACUGUGACUAAAUUGGGUCGUAAAUUCGUUGUCCCAACAUGCGGCAAACAGCAUUUUCUUAAAACAGUUUUGUCAGUUUCCCCUCUUUUGGGUUAAAGCCCUUGCAUUAUAGAACUUUGUAAACUAAAUCAUAGAUGAUUUUAUUGUAUUUAUAUUGAGUCAAUUUUCUGAUAAAAGUUGAAAUACACUUACAAUUAUCCAUUUAUUUGUUUCAUAGCCUACAGUCCUACACAAUGGCUAAUACAGCUCUAUGUAUAAUCUCUAUGUUACUGAGUGUAGCAGCAAGCACGACUACAAAACCAAACAUAGUCUUUAUUCUUGCUGAUGAUUUUGGAUACAAUGAUAUUGGCUACCAUGCUCUAAAUCAUCAUUCUGAUAUGAAAACCCCGUUUUUGGACAGACUCGCUGCCGAUGGGAUAAAACUGGAAAAUUAUUAUGUACAACCGAUUUGUACACCCACACGAAGUCAGCUUAUGAGCGGACGUUACCAAAUUCACACUGGUCUACAACAUAGCUAUAUCCACCCAGAUCAAGCCAAUGCUUUACCAUUAGAUAAUAUAAUUAUGCCAGAACAGUUGCGACAAUGUGGUUAUGACACUCAUAUGAUAGGAAAAUGGCAUCUUGGGGAUUAUAAAAUCGAUUACGUACCAUGGAAAAGAGGGUUCAAUUCCUAUUACGGCUUCUUAACUGGUUCAGAAGAUUAUUACACUAAAGCAUUUUGCUGGGGGAAUGAUGGAUGUGGGGUUGAUUUCUGGAGUAACUCCGGCCCUACGAAUAAAACCUGGGGUCAGUACUCUGCACACUUAUAUGCAGAAAGAGCGAAAGAAGUUAUACAUAGCAGAGACAAAACUAAACCUCUAUUCCUAUACAUGGCUUUCCAGUCUGUACACAGCCCUAUGCAAGCUCCUGACCAGUAUGUAAAGCCUUUUGAUCACAUUAAAGACAACGCCAGAAGGAUCUAUGGGGGUAUGGUAGCUGCAUUAGAUGAGGCAGUUGAGAACAUUACAAAACAACUUGAUGCUGAAGGCUUGUUGGACGACACAAUAAUAGUGUUUUCAACAGAUAAUGGAGGACAGACCCUAGCUGGUGGAAACAACUGGCCUCUAAGAGGAAGGAAGGUAACUCUAUGGGAAGGUGGUGUCAAAGGAGUUGGAUUCCUGCAUGGGAAACCACUAGGUGUUCAUGGUGUAACUCAUAACCAGCUUUUGCAUGUUUCAGAUUGGCUGCCUACUUUAUUAGCAGCUACCCAAUGUCCAGCAGUAAACGGGACGCAAAAUUUUGACGGCAUGAACCAAUGGAAGGCUAUUUUGCAAGAAGAACCUUCUCCAAGGACUGAGAUUCUCCACAACAUUGAUCCAAGAUAUGAUAGAAAUAAAGAUCAACUUAGUUCUGAAGAAUCAGAAAAAUUCAACACCAGUAAAGGUCAUGCAGCGAUCCGUUCCGGGCCAUGGAAGCUUUUAACUGGCGACCCAGGAUUCGACAAGUGGGUAAAACCACCAGAAUGGGUUCAAACUCUCUCAAAUACGACUGACUAUGCAAGGGAAGAUCACACAGUAGCCAAGACCAUUCAGUUAUACCAUAUAGAAACAGAUCCAUAUGAAGAAUUUGAGUUGUCUGAUAAAUUUCCAACUGUUGUGGAAGAUCUUCUAGCGAAGUUGGCUGCUUACAACAAGACCGCUGUUCCGGUCAGCUUCCCACCAACUGAUCCGAGAUCUUUCCCAAAAAAUCUGGGUGGAUUUUGGGGACCCUGGUUAUAGAAAUAUACCAGGUUGUUAAAGUAUUUCCCAUAAAUUUUAUUCUAUUUUUGAUUUUUCAUCUAAAUCAAGGUUAUGGUGCUUUAAAAAUGACUUCAAGCCCUCAGGUCGAGCGUUAUGCAAAAUUCAACUUCUUCAUUGUGAAAGGAAACCAUUUCAGCCCAGGC